ACUAAUGUCCAUGAUGCCGCAUUAAUGAGCCGGCUUUAUGGGCUUUAAUAAGGUCUUCAUAUAACUCGGCCAUAUCUGUGAGGUCCAGCAGCACGUAGUGCGGUACGGUAUAGUACCCUAACACCAGGAUUCAGAAACAGAAAUGUCUGGGAAGCUGAUCGUGGUCACCUGUGGCGGGGGAAAUGGCGCCCACUGUUUGGCGGGACUGGCCGCCAUGAGGCCUGAUGUGGAGAGCCGCGUUCUGACGCUGUACUCAGACGAGGCCGAGCGAUGGUCGGCUAAACUGGAGUCCGACAUGAUUAUCACUGUACACCAAGACGACGGGGGAAAGAAAACAAUGAAUACUAGACCCUCAAUCGUCACCAAAGACCCUAAACAAGCGGUCCCAGGUGCCGACUAUAUAUUUAUCGUCGUCCCCGCCUUUGCUCACGCACAAUAUUUUAAAGAAAUGGCGCCGUACAUUGGCGAAAACACCGUAAUUGUCGGCUUGCCAGGUCAAGCAGGGUUUGAAUUUGAAUGUGUGCACUACCUUGGUGACAAGGCCAAAACGUGUACGAUUGUUACAUUUGAAUCUCUUCCUUGGGCAUGCAGGCUGAUAGAAUUCGGCAAAAACGUGGAGAUUUUGGGCUUUAAAGAUACACUGGGUGCUUCAAUCUUGAAAGGUAAACAAUGCAACCUGACGAGACCCAUCGUAGAAACUAACCAAUUUAUUCUAGGGGAUAAACCGAAAGUAAGACGGGUCCAAAACUAUAUAGCUAUAACUUUAAUGGCUAAAUCUAUAGUACAUCCGCCGAUAAUGUACGGCAAAUGGUCAUCAUGGGACGGGAAGCCUCUAUCAGAGAAACCUUUAUUUUAUCAAGGAAUAGACGAAAGACAGGCCAAGUUACUGUCUGGAGUUAGCGACGAAUGUGUCGCUACCGCUAAAGCGAUAGAGAAGAAGAUUGCAGGGCUCGACAUGUCUGACGUCAUCCACGUGUUUGACUGGUACCUAAAUUACUACAGCGAUCAAAUCACAGACAAACGCAACCUAAUGAUGGCCAUGCGAACCAACAAAGCGUAUGAUGGUUUAGUUCACCCUAUGAAGGAGAUAGAACCUGGAAAGUACGUGCCAGAUUUCACCUACAGAUACAUGGCUGAGGACGUCCCAGAAGGCAUUGUUCCAAUGAAAGGAAUCGCCGAAUUGGCGGGAGUUCCUACACCUUAUUUAGACGAGGUGAUCACGUGGUGUCAGGGCAAGCUAAAUAAGGAGUACGUGGUAGGAGAUAAACUGACAGGUAAAGACGUCAACGAGACGAGAGCUCCUCAGCGGUACGGCCUCAACAAGUUAGAGGAUCUGUUUCAAGGAAACUUUGAAACAACUCCGUAAUGUUCAAUGACGUUUCAGCUCGCGGGUAUAUUCGAAUGUUAUUGAAAGCAUGUUAUGAUCUGGGUAUUUUCUGCUUAUUUUAGAUAACUUAUUAUUAAUAUAUCUUUAUAUGAUUAUACAAACUUAGGAAUGUUAUUUGUCUCAUUUCAGGUUGACUUAUCAAUAUAUACUGUAUAUAAUUAUGCAAAUUUAAGAAUGUUAUUUGC